AUGCCUGACCUUCCACCUGUCUAUAUUGUCUCCGCAGUCAGAACACCAAUUGGCUCCUUCCUGGGGAGUCUUUCGAGCCUCACUGCUCCCCAACUUGGUUCACAUGCUAUCAAAGCUGCUCUACUGCGAGUCCCUGAAAUCAAGCCUUCGGACGUGGAAGAAGUCUUCUUUGGCAAUGUCAUCUCUGCAGGUAUCGGUCAGAACCCAGCACGCCAGUGCGCACUUGGUGCCGGCCUUUCGGAGGAGACGGUUUGCACGACUGUGAACAAAGUAUGCGCCUCGAGCCUGAAAGCAAUCAUACUCGGAGCUCAGACGAUCAUGACGAGCAACGCGGACAUCAUUGUUGCUGGAGGUGCAGAAUCGAUGUCUCAGGUGCCCCACUACCUGCCCAACAUGCGCUCGGGUGCCAAGUACGGAGACCAAACUUUGGUUGAUGGUGUACUGAGGGAUGGUUUGACUGAUGCAUAUGGAAAGAAAGAUCACAUGGGCUUGUCGGCAGAAGAAUGUGCACAAGACCAUAGCUUCGAUCGAAAAGCGCAGGACGACUAUGCCAUCAGAUCAUAUGAGAGAGCACAAGCUGCACAGAAGAGUGGGGCGUUUGACUGGGAGAUUACUCCCGUUGAACUGCCAGGAGUGCGCGGAAAGCCCGGUAUAACAAUCGACAAAGAUGAUGAGCCUAAGAACUUGAAUGUUGACAAACUCCGAGCCAUGAAGCCGGCAUUCAUUCCGAAUGGUGGUACCGUCACCGCACCGAACGCAUCACCACUGAAUGACGGUGCAGCUGCAGUCAUUUUGGUUUCAGAAGAGAAGAUGAAAUCCCUCAAACUGAAGCCCCUUGCCAAGAUCCUCGGAUGGGGAGACGCUGCGAAAGCACCAAAUAAAUUCACAACUGCGCCUGCAUUGGCUAUCCCAAAAGCGCUCAAGCAUGCUGGAGUCGACGAGAAGAAUGUCGACGCAUUUGAAAUCAAUGAAGCAUUCAGCGUGGUCGCUCUGGCCAAUAUGAAGCUCCUCAACCUUUCGGAGGACAAGGUCAACGUACAUGGUGGAGCCGUGGCCAUGGGACACCCUCUAGGCGCAAGUGGUGCAAGAAUUCUAACAACUCUUCUGGGGGUAUUGAAAGAGAAGAAGGGCAAGAUAGGUUGCGUUGGUAUUUGCAACGGUGGUGGAGGAGCUAGUGCUCUGGUUGUGGAGUCGAUGAUGUAG